AAACAAAAAUGUAAAGGUUAUUUUUUUAUUUUGUUAUGUUAAUACAAGUCAUACAAGCACUUUAAAUGUUGACACCAAUAGAGGCAAAAUGGAUGUCAGCCCAAACUUCAUUAGAAAUACCAGCAUAAAUACAAAAGUUUGGUCUUUUUAGUUAGUUUUUGGUUAUUUUUUUAUUUUGUUAUGUUAAUACAAGUCAUACAAGCACUUUAAAUGUUGACACCAAUAGAGGCAGAAUGGAUGUCAACCCAAACUUCAUUAAAAAUACCAGCAUAAAUAAAAAGUUUGUUUUUUGUAUGUUAUUUUUGUUAUGUCAUACAAAAAACAACAAAAAACUCAUCCCAGGUAAAUGAGCACUUUAAAUAUUGACACAAAUGAAUGAAUGUCAGCCCAAACUUUAUUAGAAACACCAGCAUAAAUAAAAAAGUUUGGUCUUAUUAGUUAGUUAUUGGUUAUUUUUAUUUUGUUGUGUUAAUACAAGUCAUACAAGCACUUUAAAUGCUGACACCAAUAGAGGCAGAAUGGAUGUCAACCCAAACUUCAUUAGGAAUACCAACAUAAAUAAAAAAGUUUGGUCUUUUUGGUUAUUUUUAUUUAGUUAUGUUAAUACAAGUCAUACAAGCACUUUACAUGUUGACACCAAUAGAGGCAGAAGGGAUGUCGGCCCAAACUUUAUUAGAAACACUGGUUUAUUCAUGGUAAAUUUGAACACCAACACAUGUCAGGAGUCCAUUUCUUGGUAAUAAAACGUGUCAGCACUGUCUCUAACUUCUCAUACAGCAUGUACAGUCACACCAAAACUACACUAUAAUGUUUUAUAGAAAGACAUAUUAUAGUCAGGACAGGCGUGUGUGGCGGAUGUGAGGGUAUAAACAUUUUGUUUUUCACAAUGUCACUGGUAUUUAGCAAUCAUUAAUUUUUCACUGGGGGGAGAGAGGAAACAGACAGGCGCAAACAAGCCUCGAAGCUUCACCGACUGCCUCGCCACCAACCAGUUUGGUGUCGACUUUCAAGAUGGAUGCUUUCGCCUCGAUAGGUUUCUGUUUCUUUUUCGCUAACGCAGACUAAUACACGUGUCGAUGGCUCCUGCUCGGUGACUCGGCCGACGAUCUGUGACAAUAAGUCGGAUUAAUUCGGCGUGAAAACGAGGAAUGAGUGGAUGUUUUUUUCUGCCUCUGCUACAACGCCUUUUGGACUGUGUGUUGAUUUUUUUUUUUUUUUUUUUUUUUUUUUUUUUUUUUUUUUUUUUUUUUUUUAACUUCCUGGUUGUGUCGCCUGUAAUAUGUCUGUGGUUGAAACUGCGACGCAAGCUCAAGUUACUUUGAAAAACUUACAGGAGACACGACGCAUGAGACUUUACUUUUCUGUGGUGGCGAUGUUUAAGAACGACAGAGGUUUCCAACGAAGGGCAAAAGGAGAGCGACAGAUUUCGUAAAGAGUUCAGCAAUGGAAAGUGGAAAUGGUGGUGCCUCGAGUAAAGGUGUUUUAGUACCUGUAUCACCUACUUCUGACACCUUUCAAAAUAAAGUUUUGGCCCCACUGAAAAGUGCGUACUUGUAUGAGGAGUCAAAGCAGUUCUUCAGAUACAAAUCCGCUGUCUUAAUAAAGAACGCAGAGCUGGAAAAAAAGUAUGAUGAUUUCCGAGCAAAGAGAAGAGAAGCAGGAUAUUCAGAGGAGGAUCUGAAAGAGUCCUAUGGUUUUUUGCUGUUUGACGAUGCCAAUAAGGCUAAUACACUUGGAGAAACCGGUGUGCUCACUGGGAACAGCACAUGCACAACUCUGGGAGAUCCUUCACAUGGUGUUUACAUAUCGAUGUACUCUGACUGUUUGGAUCUAAAUCGCUGGUAUCAUGGGAAAUCUGGGUACAUUGUCAUCAUCCGGCUGACAAAGGGAAGAGUUAAAAAAGUUUCAGAGAACUACACCCAGAAUUUCACCGCCCCCACUGAAGGGUUUGACUGUCACGUCUCAGAACAGUUGCCCUCGGUAUCUGCCAAAACCAGCUCCUUUCUUGCCUUUGAGAGGACCCAGUAUUACAUGUAUGAGCUGCUAAAUGAUGGAAGCAAUAAGACCGCUGAGUCUCCCAGUGCUGCCUGUCCUUUUGCCACUGUGUCAUUUUCAUAUACGGAUACCAAAGCAGCACUUGAAGCACCACAGGAGAAGAGCGAGGAGAAAAAAUCGGUUUGUCAUUACUUUCCAUGGAGGGGUCAACUUCAAAUAGAUACCCAUUUCUAUAACGUUGCGCUGAGGUCUACAACGGGGGGCUCGAUCCCUGCAGAGUUGCCACCAGUGGUGAAAAUUGAACGAGCCACUUCUAUGUUAGAUCUGAGAAAGCUGUUGCCAAGGGCCAUCUUUGAAACCUGCUUCUCUGGUGAAAUCUUUCUGGAUGGCUUAUACUGCAGUCUGUGUGAGUUAGUUUCUUCUGAGGCGGACGAAACCAGCUCACUUUCUUCGCUUCUAUGGGAGAUCAAGGAGAAAGAUGUUGCUCUCACUAUUCCGCUCAAUGAUGGUGGCUUUCUUAUCCUCUUGCACUCCUCCCAUUUCCUCAGAUAUGACGAUACUGGGUCCAGUGCAUCUGAGGUCCUGCAAGGCAUGUUUGUGUUUCCAGACUCACGAACUAUAUAUGCAGACGCAAAAUCUGGACAGAGAAAGCCUGCCAUGUCAUCUGAAAUCCUGCGAGUUUUACCAGUACUAAACUAUGCAGAAGGCGAAGUUGAGAAAACAACGAUUGAUCCAAGUGAAGAACUGUGUGAAGUAUUUAUGCAACAUAUGCAUAAUUAUGCAACACUGAUAAAUCCUGGGUUGGCAUUAAGCCCCUCUAGGGACUUCAGCAUCUUUCCAGAUCAGUAUGAUGUGCCAGAUGCUCACAAGCACCUCUACUCAUCCCCAGAGUGGACUAACAGGGCAUGGCAGACCAUGAGGUCAUACCUGAACAAACCAGUCUCUUUUCAACUACCAGUGCCAAAGGUUUCAGAAAUCCUGGCAGCUGGACAAGAGGAGCGAAUAGAAGACCUUGAUGAUGAUGUCUACAUCUGCUUGUCAUCUCCUGAGGAGGCACCAGCCAAUCAUGUUGGCAUGGAAUCAGAAGAAGAGGGUGUUGGUCAGAAAUCUUCUGAAAAUGUUGAGACAUUUGUGGACAGAUGUGUAACAAAUGCUGAAGCAGAAGGUGACUUAACAGAGCCUACAGAUGUCUUACCAGAUGAUUUGCAAUCUGGAGAUGCUACCAAAGACUCAGAAAAAUCGGACCUGACUGUGCUGAUCAAAACUGACAUGGGGACAAAAAAUCUCCUGACUCCAUCUACAUCAGGUGACCUGCCCACAGAGCUGAUUGUCAGCAUCACGUCAGCAGAGCGAACUGUCACUGAUGAAAGUCUGAUCAGUACUGAGUCGGCACCUAAGCACAAUGACUUUGAGCUUUCUGUUUUUUCAACAGCCAAAUUAGAAGAAACAGGAAUGAACUCUCUGAAUGACGAAACUGCUAAAACUAUAAAGGAUGUUGAUUACCCUGAGGUAAACAAUCUCACAAAAACAAAACAUAGGAAACCACACAGGGGACAUUACAAAGCUCGGAAACAUAUAUUGAAAGCUUGCAUUGAGACUUCCAGUUUACAUACUGUCACAACUCCAUUGGAAGAAGACAACAUGAAGAGUCAGAAGGAAGACCAGGCCAAUGAAUCAUCAGGCCACCCACAGUUGAGUAAUCCUCCAAAAAUUGAUUGGAGGAAAGUGCGAAAGCGAAAACGCAUUUUUGGAAAACUGUCAUCAAAAAAUAAAAAAGUCAGAUCUGCUACAGUUGGUCCAGCAGUAGCAGAGGAGAAAAGUUCUGACCCUGGACAGCAGAGUUUUGAAGGCACUAUUUUAAAAGAACUUGAAGCUUGUCCGCUGAGGAAGAAAACAGAGCGUUGGGACUUAAAGCCGGUUACCAGUGAAUGUGGAAGAAUCUUGGUCCCUCAUGGCUCUGUAGAUUUUGCUGAUCAGAUUAAGUCUUUAAAGGAUAAAAUACAAUCUACAAAAGAUGAACAGCUCCCUGAAAAAAUGCUGGUUGAUGCCACUGUCAGUGUUCAUGACACAGUUGAAAUGGAGCAAAAGUCCAGCGCUGCUUCAGAGACAGCAGUGGACGAAACUGUGGCCACAACAUCUAAGAGUGAAGGGAACCAUGUACCAAACAUUGUUCUUAGUCAUGUUAAUCUUGAACCUGGCAUUUUGAGACAGUCGUAUGAUGGUAAUGGUUCAUUAACUUUAAAUCCAGUCAGUAGUGAGCAUUCUUCAACGAAUGAUGGCACGGACACGCCACCCUUAAAACCAGUUCAAGAAAAACACACUGACGCACCCUCCCCUGUAAAAUCUGCAACAAAGGGUGAAUUUCUGUUGAGUAAACUAAAAUCAGUUCUUCAGAGGGGAAAGAGAAAAACCGGUAUCCCUGUACCAGAGGAAACAACUGCAAAUACUGCCCAAGAAACUGAGCCUUGUCUCAAGAAGAGCAAAGUUGACUCCAACUCUGGGAUGCUGAAGGGUCUAGAUGCAAUUACCACUGUUCAGGAAACUGGUUUGGAUUUUAAGGAUGUUUCAAAGAUGCUUUCAGUUGACCCUGUUUUUGCAUAUGCUCUAGGCCUGACCCCAAAAGAGACACCAGAUAAGAUACAGACAUCUGAGGGUCAGGAUACUCAACAAAAGAAAGAGUCAUCAGUGACAGAAGAACAAUUCAUUUCAGACAAACCACAAAUCAUACAAAGGCCUCUGUCGAUUUUUCCAAGGAGGAGUCGGAUUAAAACACUCAAAAAGCAUCAAGGCAUCCCUGCAGAAUAUGUUAAAAAGAAAUGGUGGUUGCAUUUUCAAACCCCAGCUUGUUUUGCCAGUGAAAAACUCUUAAACAAAGACUGUACUAGCGAUAAUUCUGUCAGGACAACUGUUAAGGAAAAAAGUGCUUGCACAUCUACAGAUGCUUUGACCUUACUUGCUGACUUGGCACUCAGUGCCGGUAAUGACCAGGUUCCACCACAACCAGAACCUGCACUUGAAAGAGAACCUGAGACAAGUUUGAAGAAGUGUGACCUUACAAAAGAUGUUACCAGUGCUGAACAAGAGUCAGUUCUCCAUGCUCUGCUUAGACAGCCUGCUGCUAGACCCGUUCAGCCUGUUAAAUCUCCUUCACCAAGCCAUCUUAUGGAAAGCAGUGAAUUGGUUGGUUUGGUAUCUAAAGAACAUGCAUACUCAUUGCCCCCAUCUUCCUCUCUACUGUUGGGUUUGUCAGGUGCGCCCUUCCAGGUAUCCCCUUUAAGUGGUUCUACUAGACUGCUGCACCAUCACCAGACAAUGUAUGGCAAUGGAUUUAAAACACUACACCUCUCUGUCGAUCAGGAAGACAGAACUGAAUACAACAGGACUCCAGAUUACCUGAAAAAAUAUAGAAGACAGUUCAGGCUCUCCCGUACCUUUGAUAACAAGGAUGGAUCUAUCCAAGUCACAAAGCAGUGGAAAGACAAUUAUGACUUUAAUCUAGACAGCAAAUAUACCAGUGAUUCAAAGGAUAGAGCUAUCAUCCGAGCCUUGCAUGGCCCAUGGGAUUUCUCCAUUCAAGACACCAGUGAAGAGGUGCGGCUCAUCGUCCACAUGUGGAUAGGUCUGUUCUACAGCCGGACAACAGACAGGUUCUUUCAUGUUGACUCAAACUCUGCGAACUCAUUUUCAGAAGAAAGUGAUUCUUUGGAAAUCCAGUCCAGUGGAAUGGUGGCGGCUCCAGCUCAGUCUGAGCUUAAGACCAAUUCUCCAUCGCUGAAUGUAAUGGAUACGAAGGACACUUCGAUAUCAAAAGCUUUGGACCUCAGCAAAAAAGAUAACUCUGUCUUGGACCAAGAAUCUGUGAUUUUAGACUUGUCACUAAGAAACUCCAAUGCAGAGAUUGUUACUUCAGAUCCACGAGUCAACAAACGAGAGACUUCUGUAUCUGAUCAACAGAGAGAAGCUAGUGAAACACUGAACACACCCAAGACAUCUAUGGAACAACAGAAGUAUUCCAGAAAAUGGAUACUCUUAACAGACAUUAUCACUAAGGUGAAUGCGACAAGUGAAAAAGUUACUCCCCUGGAGCACAGUGUUUUACCAGCUUUGAAAGGUGUUGGACCAUUCAGUUCUGCACAGGAAGAGAUAAAAAGUGUAUCCGUUCAGCCAAAAAAGCAUCAGACUGCUUCAGGAAUUGGCCAUGUGUUAGAUGAAUUCUACAAUGAGAAGACACAUGUGACAGAUUGGAUUGUUAAUUCAGAAGCUACAGAGAUGAGUUUAGUGCAAAAACAAGGAAGAGACUCAUCCAUAUCUGUGACAGACAAAGAGGUAUACGCUAACAAAAAAGGAUUUGAUUUGGUUCAUACAGUUGAACAUGUUGAAAUUGAAUCCAAACAUAUGGAAAACCUGAAAGUGAAAGAAAAGCCAUACCAAGAAGGCAAUGUAGAGCCAUCUCCAAAAAUGAUCCAUACAGGUGAUGAUUCAGCAAAGAAAGAAUCUGGUAUAGUCUGCAAUGGAAGUCUUUUGGAAAGUGAAAAGCAGUUAUCCAGGGAGGAACAUAAAGCAGUGCCACUGGGCAAGGCUGAAAAUGUUCAUGAAGAUGUGGAUUGUUGUACAGAACAUGAAGAUAACGUGACAACAGCUGAUUCCUCUGGAAAAGAAGAUGGACUUGGUGUGAAAGACAUUUCAGAUGUGGAAGCCAGUAGUGCUUUGAAUGAUCAACUGUUACCAAUGAUGUGUAAUGACCCAAGCUCUGUAAAGAAAGAUUGCAUCUCAGAGUGUAAUGGCCAAGCACCAUUGGAUAAGCAACCACCCCAGGCAGACAACAAAGAAGAUGGGUGCCAUGAUUUGCAAUUGAGAACGCUGUGUGCAAAUGGCAGUGGAAUGAUGGAUGAACAUGUUUUUGAAAAAGCUCCCUGUGUUCCAUCAAAUAUGGAGCCUAUUCCCAAUGAAACUGUAGUUGAGGAAAUUUCAGAAAAUGUUUGUUUGACAGAUUUGCAUGAUCAGCCAUUACCUAUGACAUAUGGUCCAGACUUGGAAAAGAAGGACUGUACUGCAGAGUGUAAUCGCCAAGCACCAUUGGACGAGCAACCAUCUCAAGCAGACAACAAAGAAGAUGACUGCCAUGAUUCACAGUUGAGAGCGUUGUGUGCUACUGACAGAGCAUUAACAGAUGAACAUGUUUCUGAAAAAGCUCCCUGUGCUCCAUCAGAACUGGACCAUAUUUCCAAUGAAACUGUAGUUGAGGAAAUUUCAGAAAAUGUUUGUUUAGCAGAUUUGAGUGAUCAGUCAUUACCUAUGACAUAUGAUGGUCCAGACUUGGAAAAGAAGGAUUGUACUGCAGAGUGUAAUCGCCAAGGACCAUUGGACGAGCAACCAUCUCAAGCCGACAACAAAGAAGAUGACUGUCAUGAUUCGUGGUUGAGAGUGCUGUGUGCUACUGACAGAGCAUUGACAGAUGAACAUGUUUCUGAAAAAGCUCCCUGUGCUCCAUCAGAACUGGAGCCUAUUUCCAAUGAACCUGCACUUGAGGAAAUUUCAGAAAAUGUUUGUUUGGCAGAUUUGUGUGAUCAGUCAUUACCUAUGACAUAUGAUGGUCCAGACUUGGAAAAGAAGGAUUGUACUGCAGAGUGUAAUCGCCAAGCACCAUUGGACGAGCAACCACCUCAAGCAGACAACAAAGAAGAUGACUGCCAUGAUUCGUGGUUGAGAGUGCUGUGUGCUACUGAUAGAGCAUUGACAGAUGAACAUGUUUCUGAAAAAGCUCCCUGUGCUCCAUCAGAACUGGAGCCUAUUUCCAAUGAACCUGCACUUGAGGAAAUUUCAGAAAAUGUUUGUUUGGCAGAUUUGAGUGAUGAACCAUUACCUAUGACAUAUGAUAGUCCAGACUUGGAAAGGAAGGACUGUAUGACAGAGUGUAAUCGCCAAGCACCAUUGGAUGAGCAACCAUCUCAAGCAGACAACAAAGAAGAUGACUGCCAUGAUUCGCAGUUGAGAGUGCUGUGUGCUACUGACAAAGCAUUGAGAGAUGAACAUGUUUCUGAAAAAGCUCCCUGUGCUCCAUCAGAAUUGGAGCCUAUUUCCAAUGAACCUGCACUUGAGGAAAUUUCAGAAAAUGUUUGUUUGGCAGAUUUGAGUGAUGAACUAUUACCUAUGACAAAUGAUGGUCCAGACUUGGUAAAGAAGGAUUGUAUGAUGGAGUUUAAUCGGCAAACACCAUUGGAUAAGCAACCACCUCAAGCGAACAACAAAGAAGAUGCCUGCCAUGAUUUGCAGUUGAGAACAGCAUGUGUAACAAACAGAGCAGUGAGAGAUGAACACCUUUCAGAGAGAAAUCAUUACGUUUCAUCAGAAAUGAAGCCCAUUCAUGAUGAACCUGCAGUUAAGGAAAUUUCAGAAAAUGUUGGUUUGGCAGAUUUGAGUGAUCAACCAUUACCUUUGACGAAUGAUGGCCCAGACUUUGUAAAGAAAGAUUGCAUCACAGACUGCAGUGACCAGGCACCACCAGUGGAUGAGCAACCACCUCAAGCAGACAACAAAGAAGUUUCCUGCUAUGAUUUUCAGUUGAGAAAGCUGUGUGAGCCUGUAGUUGAGGAAAAUAAAGAAAAUUACAUUUGUCUGGCAGAUAAGGCACACCAGAAGGCAGCAUUACCUAUAUCUGAUGAGAGCACCUGCUUAGAUGAGUCCUCUGCAGAUGGACCUCUUCCCCAGGUAAAUGCCAGUGUUGAAACAGGAGGCCAAAACAAAUUGAUGGCAAACUUCAGUCUAAGUAAUGAUGAUCAUAAAGAUCAGGAUACCUCAUUUCAGGGAGAGCAAAGUGUUGAUAACACAAUUCAAAAAGAACUAUUUUAUCAUCAGCCUCAUUGUGGAGCUGAAGUGGCAUUGUCUAAAGAAAUUGAUCUCAAAAGUGACGCAACAAACAAAGGAUUGGAAAAGAUCCAUAAUCGGGUUGUAAUUCCAUUUAUUGGAGAAGACAUCUCUGAAGAUGAAGUACAACCAUGUGAGUCACACUCAGAACACAAGGUGGAAAAAGUUCAGACCAGUUCAGGCUUGACAGAAAUUCCAUUUAUUGGUGAAACUACACACCCUGAAACUGUCCUUUCCACAGACCUACGCAGUACAUCUCAAUUGUAUAGUAAAAAGGUAGAAAUGUCUGCUGGCAAAAUACCAUUAUCACUUUUUAAUGUAAGUGAAACAAACCAGCCAGAGGUCUCAGGAAGUGAAUCAGACGACCGGUGCCCUACCCCAACUAUGGACGAAAAACCAUACCAGUACGUAACUUCUUCUGGCCCUAGUAGCAGUAGUAGUACCACCUUUAACGGUAUUGAAAUCUGGGAGAAUAUCAAUCAGAAACGUCUUAGUAAAAGUGCAAAAUCUAUCCCAGAUGAAAUGGCGCUUGACCAAAAACAGAAGUCUACCGUUAAUAGUGAUCCCAUACCUCAUCGUGGUCUUCACCCUGAUCUUGAACUAAGGACUCUAAGAGUUCUGCAAAGUAUAGACAAGUUCUUCUCCAAAUCAAGCCACACUAACAAACCCAGUCAGAUUCAAACAGCUGAAAUGAAACGCUCUCUUGAUCAAACCUCUAACAUCAGUACCAAAUACAGCCCCGCUUGCUUUACCCCAAGCCACACCUCAGUUGACUUUAAGGACAAAAAAACAAGCAAUGCAAAGCCAGUGGUUGUGUCAGCCUCUACCUCACAGCAUCUGAACACACAAUCACCUGGUCACUUUCUUAUAUCACCUAUCAAAAGUAAAUUAGAAGACUUACUUGGUGUUCGUUUGCAGCUAAACCACACUGACUCAUCAGUUAAUCAUCACUAUUUUGAAAAAAGAGAGGAACUGCAGGAAAAUGCUGUAAGAAAAGAUUGUUAUCCACAAAGACCCCUUCCUUCUACUGAGUGUGUGCAAGCAAUUAAACCAGAUAUUGACCAAGAUGGACACAAAUUGACGUCACAGACCAAUUCAGGUCACGAACCACGUUCGUACUGUCAGCGCCCUGUCAUGGCUGUAAAACCAUCUAAGAGUGAUGAAAUUCAAGCAGAGAGCAUCUGUAAAGACAGUGAAGACUCUGUAAUGUCAAAGUUUUUCAAAGAUAAACAGACUAAAACCCCCAUAGUCACAUACGCCACACCAGCUUCCAUGUUCUUGGAGAAAAAGACAGAAAGUCUAAAUGAGGACAAGCAAGAGUUCAGUGCAGUUCUAGAUCCUUUAUAUCUGUAUGAAGGAAGGGACUUUUCAAAAUUCAAUAAGAUUCCUUCAUCAUCUUUCCCAGUGCAGCCUUUUGAAUCUGCAAAAACGUUCUCUAAACUUGUUGAUGUGAGCCAGAAUGUCUUGACAAAUAGCUUAGUUGAAACAGUUGGAAAAUCAUCUAAAGAGAAUAAUGAGAUGGAUCAGAAAGACUACUUAGGUAUAUCAACUUUAGUUGCAGAUUACAAAGAUGAUACUAUCAUAGAUGAUAGUCUCAUCUUGGGACCUCAAAGCUCACUCACAUGUACAGUCUAUAACACCAGACAGAAGAGAUCUGAUACUUUUCUGGAGCAGCUUUCAAAAAGGUGCCUACAAGAAGACCUUACUCAGGCAACACUAGAACAGGAGUGCCUUAUCUUCUCAGAACAAAUGAAGCAGCUUUUGAAAAAGAGAUCCACCCACCAACAGGACACACGUGACAACUUGAAUUUGUCUUGCUCCAGUCCUGUAACUGUGCAGUUUUCUAGUUUAGAGGAGCAGGGGGAUUCAAUAGAUCUCUUCGAUGUGGAUGAACCAUCACUUGUUGGUCAUAAAAUCAAGGUAGACAUGUCUGACAGGAAACAACCAGCUGAAACCACAGAAGAAAGUACUUCACAUCCUCAAAAAUCAUCUCAAAGAACAGGCAACCCAAUGGAACAUACUGGAGUUUCUGUUGUGACUGCAGAAUGUGCCACUCUGUACACAGCAUUGAUGAAUGAUGUUUGUACUGUCGCAAAGGACCCCUCUAGAUCUAAGCACUUAAGGACAAUCAGAGGCGUCAUAAAGACUGAACCAAUUAACCAUUUUGACUUCUGUGAUCAAAUGAAGAGAGAGAUGGAUGAGAGUUUUCGCAGUAAUCUGAAUUCCAUUGUGAAGAAAUCCUGCAAAACAAAAUACAGGUUCUACACGUUGGUGACGUCAGAUGACACCUUCUUUGAACAAACCAAGGCCCAGUUGGAGGCAGAGGGACAUACUGCUGUAGAACCAUCAGAGUUCUUCCUUAGUGAGGAUACUUCUUCAUCUCUACUCAUCAUCCUUAGGAAUGAAGAUAUCGCAGAGCACAUUUGUGAGGUGCCACACUUGCUCGAGCUGAAGAAGUCACCGAGUGUGCAGUUUGCUGGAAUUGAUGAACCAGAUGAUGUUGUGAAUCUCACUCACCAGGAGCUCUUUAUGAGGGGUGGUUUUAUAAUGUUCGACAGAGCCACACUGGAGUCCCUCAGCCUUAGCAACAUGAAAAAAAUGUCAGAAAUCUUGCAAGAGCUAAGCAGAACGGGGAAGUGGAAAUGGAUGUUGCACUACAGAGACAGUCGUUGGAUCAAAGAAAAUGCAAGGUUGAGCGCAGAGGCAAAAGAAAAGAAGCACUUCCUAAACUGGUGCCACGAAGUUGGACUAUUGGAGGUCUUACCUUACCAUGAGUGUGACCUCAUGUCAAAAGAUCAGCCUGACUAUCUCACAUGUUUGGUCCGUCUGCAGGUUCAGAAUAUAUCAGCCCGCUACCCUGUGUUUAUAACUGAUACAACAGACAGUGCAUUUGGAACGAAUGGAAUUUUAACAAUGACUUUGAGCUCUUUCCUGACGUGUUCUCUGAGUGAAACAUUUGCUGUCUGACCUGAAAACGAGAAAAUGAUGUGCUGAUUCAAGUACAGCACAUUUGAAAACUCACUGGACGUGAGAAGAAACCAGUUAUUUCAAAGCUACUACAAUUUAUUUUUUUCUUUAUUUUAUUUUUUCAGUAUGUGAUGUCAGCUCUUUUCUAUCGAGCAAUAAUUAUUGAUCUACGAGGAGGAGGAAGAUGUUUUUUGUUAAUGUUUAUUUAAAGUUAGCACUAUUAUCAGUUAAUAGUGACAAACUUGCAAUGGCAGGUAUACUGUAAAUAUUGUAAUCCUGUAAGCAUUUUCUAUUGUAUUAUAUUUUUAUUGUAAAUUGUACACUUGUUAAAAAGUAAUAUUUGCCUUGUGUAUAUUUUGUUUGUUUUGGGUGUUUUUUCAUUAGAAUCCCAGCUUUAUACAUCUGCAACACAAUCAUUAUUAGUGUAGAGUAAUUUGUUACUUGUUCAAAGAUUUUUUUUUUGAGGUUGAUUGUUAUUAGUUUGUCCAAGUCUUGCAACAAAGCUAAAUUAAGCAGUUUUCAGUUGUGUUUUCAAUAUUCAAGUAUAUUAAUGUUCAUUGUUACAGUCGCUGACUUAAUUCUUAACACUUUGUUACACAGCAGUUUAACAUUAUCACUAAAAGCUAAAUAUAUGUAUUUUUCAUGAUGUUAAUGCUGUACAGACUAAUGACUGAGAAUAAAGACGUAUAUUUCAUUGUUUUGCUUUAAAAGUAUCCACAAUGAAUGUAUCUGAAAGAUCUGCAUUUCGAUCCUGACCGCUCGGACAGUCCUUACACAAUAAGGCUUUGUUUACAUUUCACAUCUUUGCUCAACUGAAAUAAAACAAAGUUCAACUUUA